UACAUGAAAUACAUGGAAUGAGUUAGGAUAAUACUCUGGAUAAAAUCGGAACUUCUCGACUUCCUGUGUACAUUCACAAACUGGAUCGUCGAAACUUUUGCUGCAUAAUUAGGACAAAUGUUUACAUUCUCCUUGCUCUUAACGGGGUUCUUCCUAGACACUCCGUUCCUGUGUGAGGUCAGCCUCAAACCAGAAUGUGCAGUAGCCUGUGUGAACAACGCAAAUUGCUCCUCAUUCUUCUAUGACGCCAACACUCAGGAGUGUUAUCUGGAGAAGAAUGUGUACGUUUCAGGUCACAAGCUCCAGAAUCGGAGCGGUGUGCAAUACUACACAGUGAUCAGCAGGGCGUGUCCGUCGCCAUACAUCUACUGCCGCACUACCAACCAGUGUCUCAGGAUGUAUGCGUCCACAUCCGUGUUGUUCCCGGAAGCCGAGGCUCGCUGUAGGGUGGACUCAGGACAUCUCGUCUACAUCAAGUCCGAGGACGAAAACAGACAAGUAGCCAUUAUUGCCGACAAUCAGCCAGUAUGGCUGGGCCUCCAACGCAACGCUAAUGGCCCUGGUUGGCACUGGUCAAACGGGAACCCUCUUGGGACGUACACAAACUGGGGUCCGGGAAAACCUGAUGAUGGAAGUCAGAUCUAUCUGUUUAUGUCAAAGACCGGCUUCUGGGACGACCUUCGUCCCACACAACGUCAGAUUGCUGUCUGUGAAAUAGAUGUUGAGUAGGAAUUUUAAGGAGAACUAUACAACUGGGUGCCGUGAUAUAGAAAAUCGGACUUCAGAUGAAAUGUGUAUUGUGGAUCAAGCGCGCGCGCGCUCUCUCUCUCUUUCUCUCUCUCUCUCACACUCACACAGAGGGAGAGAGAAAGAGAGAAAGAGAGAGAGGCA